AUGAAGAAGAGAAAAACAUUGAUUGAUGAACCUGAUGAAAUAAACCUAACAACACCUCAAUCAAGUCAAGCAAGCCAGAACUUUAGGCCUACACCAACAUUGAGGCAGCAGGUACCACAAUUUUUAGAUCCAGGACCAAAUAUUCCAAGACAUGAAUCAGAUUUAGAAUUCCCAGAAUCUUCAAGGCCAAGAUUCAGCAAGACAGUUCAUCCAGCUGUGACAAUCAACUUCCCAAAUCAUGAUCCAGAUCCUACUAUAAGGCCAAGAUCUCAAAAGUCAGCGAAGAAUUAUUUUACCAAAGUUCCAAAAUCAAGUUUGGACCCUCAUGAUCAACCUAAUCUAGAAGAAAAUGUCAAGCACUCAGAAGUACCAUUGCUUUCUUCUCAGGAAUUUGAUUUGAAUUCUUUAAAGCAUGAUCCGGGUGAAAGAACUCAAAUCUUGAACUUUCAUCCAAAUCAUCGAGAUGUCAUUCAAAGAGAAUACCUUAGGAGAGGUCCUUGUCAACCUCGGCUUAAAGAGUAUCCUAAAACAAAAGUUUCUAGAUACAUACGUCGUUUUAAUCCUCAGUGGUUUAGUGAAUAUUCUAAUUGGUUGGAGUAUAGUGAAAGUAAAGAUGCAGUCUUUUGUUUGAAUUGCUAUCUAUUUGCAGACGAUAAUAUUCAUCAAGGAGGGGGUGAUGUAUUUUCGACCAUAGGGUUUAGGAGUUGGCAAAAAAAGAAGAGUCUUAAAAAACAUGUUGGUGGCAGAAAUAACAUUCAUAAUCAUGCAAGAAAGAAUUGUGAAGAUCUAGUGCGACAAGAACAAUCUAUUCAAUCUGCACUUGUGAGGCAAGAUUCUCAAUUUAAGCAUGAGUAUCGGCUCCUCUUAACUGCUUCGGUUGAUGUUGUAAGGCUUCUUUUGAAUCAAGGAUUUGCAUUUCGGGGUCAUGAUGAAUCUAAAUCAUCACUUAGCAGAGGUAAUUUUCUUGAAAUUCUUACAUGGUAUUCUGAAAGGUGUGAUAGCAUUAAAGAUUUUGUAUUGAAACAUGCUCCACAAAAUGAUCUGAUGACUUCUCCAAUGAUUCAAAAAAAAAAAUUGUGA